UCCGUUUCAUGCAAACCGACCCUAACUUUAGUAAUUUUUUGUAUCAUCCAAAAGAACAAAAACUUUACUUGUNAGAUUUUGGCGCGAGUAGAGAAUAUCCGAAAGAAUUUGUGGAUCUUUAUCNGAAAAUGGUGUGGGCGUGUUCCGAGAAAGAUAAGGAGGGUGUUAUUGAAUACUCGAAGAGACUUGGUUUUCNAACGGGGGAUGAAAGCAAAAGUAUGCUUGAUGCACACUGUUCUGCCGCUUUUGUCGUGGGCGAACCUUUUUCUGCCGGAUCUCUUUAUGACUUUAAAAACUCUGACAUUGCGAGAAGAGUGGCCGAGUUUGGGCGAACUAUGCUUCAGGAACGUUUAUGUCCACCACCCAAGGAAGCGUAUUCACUUCACAGAAGACUCUCUGGGGCUUACCUUAUCUGUANGAAGUUGGGUGCUGAGAUACCUUGUCGAGAAUUGUUUCUUCGAACAAUGGAAUCAUCCCAAAAUGGAGAAAUUCUAUGCGCCUGAGUCAACAACAAUAGAGAGAAAUGUUGGAGUCCAUUUCUUCUAGAUUUAUCUCUCU